AUGCCUCGACCUUCUCAACCCCAGACAUUCCAUGUCAGGAAACGAGGAUCGUCGUCCGAUGAAGACUGUUUGAACGUGUCAGAAUCAACAGCAGCUAGCGUUACGCAAAGAAAGACCAAAGGCAAAGGAGCGAACGCACGCAGUCGAAGAAAGCGAUACCGUGCCACCCGUACAGACGACGACGACGACGACGAAGAUGAUGACGAAGAAUAUACUCUUGCAGCAGCAGCCGAUGGUGGUUGUGGUGGUGACCAUCAAGCAAGCAUUACCCAAGCCAGUGUACCGGCAUUCUUGCAUAAGCUUUACAGCAUGAUUGACGAGCCGACAACCGACAAGCAUGUUCGUUGGUCUGAGAAUGGGAAAUCAUUCAUUGUGGAGGAUCAUGAAGGUUUUGCAAAGACGAUCUUGCCCUUGUAUUAUAAGCAUUGCAAGUUUGCUUCGUUUGUCCGUCAGCUCAACAUGUACGAUUUCCACAAGAUACCAGCAGUGCAACAGGGCGCCUUGUUCCAAAACAACGAGCAUGAUUUAUGGGAGUUUAGUCAUGAUCACUUUUAUCGUGGAUGCAACGACAAGUUGGCCCUUGUGACACGCAAACGCAACAAGAAUCUCGAGAGCAGCACGACACGUAGUUCUUUGACAUUGGCCAAGCUUGUGCGUGAUAUCGCCAGUAUUCGCAAGCAUCAAGCUGGUAUCACAUCCGAUUUGAGCAGCCUUCAAAGUGACAAUGCGACCUUGUGGCAAGAAUCAUUCGCUGCACGUGAAAAGCAUCAACAGCACCAAGAUGUCCUCAACAAGAUAUUGCAAUUCUUGACAACCGUUUUUACCAAUGAAGACAACCUUCUUCAAGCAACAGCACAACAAUUACGAGGCCCCUUCAUGCUUGGCAAAGAUAACGAGUACAUUAGUCUCACCGGCCAACCUUCAUCAUCAGGAUGUCGAAAUAGCCCGUUGAUCAUAUCAUUUCCUCUUUCUGAAUCCAUCACUGGAAAAUCAGCUACGAGAUUGAUUGAAGAAGCAGCGAGCCUUGUUGGUAUGACACCAUCACCAUCGACAGCGAGCAGUGAAACGAAGCAGCUUAAUGAUGAUAACCAGCAACAGCAACAACAACGUGAUGAGGCUUUGGGUAGGUGCCAAUCCACAGAAGAAGCCCGAUUACAAGAGGCGUUCAAUAGGACGUUAUCAUCCUUAUCAUACUCAAUGUUCUCUCUCUUUGAUUCGCCAAAAACUGCAGAUUCAUCAUCAUCUUCAUCAUCAGGAGGUACAAGAUCAUUCCAAGGACCACCAACCAAUGAUAUCACCAACCCCUUUCCUGAUGCAUUCAAUCGCGUGUCAUGUUCAGCAGAAACCAUCACCCAAGACAUUGAUGACCUGGAGGCUGACAUUGAAGCACUUGCCUCUCAUAUUGGCAUUGAUUCGAACGAUUUUGGAGAGACAUUUGAUUACAAUGAGCACAUGAAUGAUUUUCGAGAUGGCUAUGGUUCAAUGAUUGCAGGUGCAUCUCGUUCGGACAAGAUACAACUAUUUGAGCUUGCUGGGGGAUCGCAUGUGAGGAACAGAUACGAUAGCGAAGGAAGGGAGAUUUCAUCAGAGGGUAAGAAACCAGCUUCUUCUGCAACACCCAAUUCGAAUGAUGGUGGCGACAACUUGUAUCGACAACAACAUUCUUUUUCGGGUAUUCCACCACCACCACAACAACAACAUCCUUAUUCGAGUGCUGCUUCCAUGGCCUCAUGUGUUUCUUCACAGCAACACAAUCCAGCCACGGGUUCGAUUCAUGCUAAUUUGCUCCAAUCCUUUUACCAUGGCAUAUCAAUGGCACCAACCUCUGGCAGUCAACCUCAUUAUGUGGCUGUUCCUGUUCCUAUCCCGGUCCCUGUAUCUCUUGAACAAUACAAUGCAGCUACUGCAGGUGGAUCUAUUCCUGGAAGUAAUCAUCAGCAAGGAGGAGGAGGAGGGACAAUGACGCAUGCCUACUAUGCUGCUGCUGCUGCUGCCGCUGCUGCUCAACAACAACAAUCAGUCAAUCAAGCAUUAUAUUCCCCUGAUGGUCCUUUAGGUGCACAACAAUCACACAAAGGUCAUGGUACCCAUUCAAAUCCACCUUCAGGCAGCGACAACAAUCAAUCCAUGUAG